AUGCGUUGCAAUAUCUGUGCCAGAGCUCUAACAGCUCUGCCAAUCUUUGCCUUCCUAGGUUCCAGUCGUGCCAUAUCCAUAUCCUCGAUCCGUGCAAAUUCAACGACAAGCGAUGUAGCUGCGGCGAUCGAGCAUUGGAAUCAUUAUCACAUCCCAUUGCCAAACUACUUCGAUGACAAAGGAAACAAUUUUGAGGAGUCUGGCACUCUCAAGUGGUACAACAGCUGGAUGUACAAUACGGCCAAACAAUUUCCAGACGAUUACAAGAGUUUGGGAGAAUCGCGAUUCUUUGCAGUCAAAAUCUUGAAUACUACCGAGCUGUUUGACUGUGCAAUUGUCCAUAAUGGAUGUGAUGAGAAACCCGCACUUGAACAUAUCGUGGAAUAUUUUAGUUCAAAUGAAACAGCGACUCUUAAGGAGAUCAUGGAGAACAGCCGAAGGAAAAGCUUGGAGCUCAGCAGUGAGGCCGCGGUAGCCUGCAAAGUUUUCAAAGCCAUGAUUAACAUUGGAUUUGAUGCUGUCAGAACAGAAAUAUCGAGUCUAGCCAGCAGUAUUUCAGCGAUACCCGGAGUAAGUGGGCCAAUUGGCGCCAUUGCAAGUUUUAUCGAGUUUAAAAUUGAUGUCGCUCAAAGGAUGUUGGAUCUUGGGAUUGACCUUGAAAAGCUAAAAGGCUCAAAAGUCAACAGCACAAUUGACUUUGGAGACUCCUUCGAGCUGCGAUUGGCAAAUGGCUAUGCGCAUGGUGUCUGCGAUGACAAGGACGAAACACCUGUACGCAAAGACCAGAUGCAAGCUCACAUCGGUAGAUUGUUUCCCGCACUGAAACUUAUGUCCGAAGUUACGCUGCAAGUAACUUAUGUUCAAAGUUAA